CUCAUCUUCAUGUCCCUCGCUCAACGACGUUAAAAGCGGCACCGCUUGUUGCACAAAUUCUUAUUCCGUCCCGUCCUAUCGUACAACAAGUCACCAUGUCUCUCCGACGCUCUGCUCGUAUCUCGACGAGAACUCUCAUAGCUAAGCCCGAAACAAAUUUUCUGAACGUCCCAACGAAUUUCGAACCCAAGAAACGCGCUGCAGCGACCAAAAAGCGCAAGAACAGAGCUUCAGCAGCCUCCACUGCCCAAAAGGCUGAGGAGGUCCCCUUCUUGUCUGGCAUCAUCAAACCCCCUGAGCCACAGUCCGCCAUUCCAGAAGUUCCAGUGACUCCUGUAUCUAAGAGGCCCAGGGCUGCUGUAACGAGCCCUGCUAAACUCCCACCCUUCACUCCAACACCAUCUGGCGUAGGACUUAUCGCAUCUACAGUAACUGCGCCUUUCUCAGAAGAUGGCACGUACGAGAAAUCACGCCCCACAGAGCCACAUACAACCAAUGCUCCUCUUUCAACGUCUGGAGGAUCACGAGUCGUAGCAUACACUUCUUCUCCCAUUCCAGCCCCGUUCGUAUCGGAAGACGAGACCACAUCUCCAAGCAAGAAGAGAAAAGCGAAAGCAGUUGUCCCACCAGAUGUUGGAGCACUCCGUCCUCCAACUUCAACGAUUGACACACUAUUGAAAGAUGCUUGUGAACAUCUAUGCAGCGUCGACCCGAAACUUAAGGCCCUGGUUAACAACCAUCAUUGUAAGAUGUUUAGUCCUGAUGGUCUGCGCGAAGUUGUGGAUCCGUUUACGGCACUGGCGAGUGGGAUUAUCGGACAGCAGGUAUCUGGCCAAGCCGCCGCCUCCAUCCGUAAGAAAUUCACCGGCUUAUUCGAAGACACGCACCCCGAAUUCCCCUCCCCAGCCCAAGUCAUCCAGAAAGACCUACCCACGCUCCGUACAGCAGGACUUUCGCAGCGGAAAGCAGAAUACAUUCAAGGAUUAGCCGAAAAAUUCGCUUCCGGGGAACUUAAUGCCCGAAUGCUCAUCAAUGCCAGCGACGAAGACUUAAUUGAGAAACUGGUAGCGGUGCGAGGACUAGGAAGAUGGUCCGUGGAAAUGUUCGCCUGCUUUGGGCUUAAGAGAAUGGAUGUGUUCAGCACGGGGGAUCUGGGCGUCCAACGAGGCAUGGCAACAUACAUGGGCAGAGAUGUUUCCAAGCUCAAAGGCAAAGGUGGCAAGUGGAAAUACAUGUCCGAGAAAGAGAUGCUCGACAUCGCGGCCAAGUUUUCUCCGUAUAGGUCGUUGUUUAUGUGGUACAUGUGGAGAAUCGAGAACGUGGAUAUUAGUGUGAUGCAGUGAUUCAGAGCGAGUAGAGCUGGCUGUGGGUGUCAAGUAUAGAGGAUUGAGUUUGCAACACAUUUUGCAAGGCAGACAGACAGACAGACAGAAAGGGUGGGAAAGCUGAGC